UUUUUAAUCAAUCAAGAAACACAAAUGGACAUCAUCACAGGACAAGCUCUGUUCUUUUUCUUAUGCUUUAUCUUAUCAUUUAUCCUUAUCUUCUUCACCACCUUAAGAUCCCGACGGAGUUCUCGGGGUGCCUCCACACUGCCUCCGGGACCUCCACGUUUACCCAUCAUCGGAAACAUACACCUAGUCGGAAAGAACCCACACCGCUCAUUCGCCGACCUCUCAAAAACAUAUGGACCUGUCAUGAGUCUUAAGCUUGGAUUUUUGAACGCAGUGGUCAUAGCUUCACCAGACGCUGCAAGAGAGGUUCUUAGCACACACGACCAAAUCUUGUCUGGUCGCUACUUCAAUGAAGCGAUACGAUCCAUCAACCAUCAUGAUUUUUCCGUUGCCUGGCUUCAUCCUUCGUCUCCUCGUUGGAGGCUGUUGAGGAAACUAUCAGUGACUCAGCUGUUCUCACCACAGCGUAUUGAGGCCACCAAAGCUCUCCGGAUGAAGAAAGUGCAAGAACUUAUCAACUUCAUGAGUGAAGCAAGUGAGAGAGAAGAAGCUGUUGACAUUUCUCGUGUAUCCUUCGUCACAGCCCUGAAUAUCAUUUCGAAUCUUCUGUUUUCUGUCGACUUGGGCAACUACGACUCGAAAAACUCCAGUGUCUUUCAAGAGAUGGUGACCGGUGUCAUGGAAUCUAUCGGAAAUCCAGACUUUGCUAACUUCUUCCCAUUUUUGAGGUUUCUUGACCUGCAAGGUAAUGGAAAGCAGAUUAAGGACUGCUCGGAGAGGUUGUUUAGGGUUUUCAGGGAGUUUUACAAGGCGAGAAUCGCGGAAAACUCAUCGCGGGCGGACAAUAAGGAUGUUUCGAGAAGCGAUUUUCUGGAUGCGCUUAUUGAUCUCAGCCAAGAAGAAGAUGAAGCAGAACUCAACAUUGAGAACGAACACCUUCUCCUCGAUCUGUUUGCAGCUGGCACGGACACAAACUCAAGUACCGUGGAAUGGGCAAUGGCAGAAUUACUCCGAAACCCGAAAACAAUGAGGAAAGUUCAAAACGAGAUCGAUCGAGUGAUAGGCCAAAACGGUGUCGUGCAAGAGUCCGAUAUCCCACUAUUGCCGUAUUUACAGGCUGUCGUUAAAGAAACUUUCCGUCUGCAUCCAGCUGCUCCCCUUCUCCUCCCGCGAAGAGCAGAGACCAAUGUAGAGAUUCUUGGAUUUCUUGUUCCUAAAGAUACUCAGGUUUUGGUUAACGUGUGGGCCGUUGGAAGAGACCCGAGCGUGUGGGAGAAUCCGACCCGGUUCGAGCCAGAGAGGUUUUUAGGGAAAGAGAUCGAUGUGAAAGGUAGAGAUUAUGAGUUAACACCGUUUGGUGCGGGGCGGAGAAUUUGUCCGGGAUUGCCUUUGGCUUUGAAGACAGUGCCUCUCAUGCUUGCUUCUCUUCUCUAUUCCUUUGACUGGAAGCUUCCAAACGGCGUCGUUCCUGAGGACUUGGACAUGGACGAGAGCUUCGGUCUCACAUUGCAUAAGACCAAUCCGUUGCACGCCUUGCCUGUCAAGAAACGCACCAUGAAUUAGUUAGUAAUUGCUAUAUUACUUUUUUGUUUAGUAAUGAUUUUACAAAUCGAUAAAGCAUGUAAUUCAGGAGACUAUAAUUUAAAUAAAAAAUUAUAAAUCA